AGCGGUAUGGGUUGGAACACGUUGCCAAGUGGAAUUUUGAGACCUGGAAUGAGCCCGACCACCAUGACUUUGACAACGUGUCAGUGACAGCCAAUGGAUUUCUCAACUACUACGAUGCCUGCUCAGAAGGAUUAAGAGAAAUCAGUCCUCAGCUGAGACUGGGAGGCCCCGGAGACUCCUUCCACCCCUACCCCAAGUCCCCUCUGUGCUGGAGACUGCUCAGCCACUGCCACAAUGGAACUAAUUUCUUCACAGGAGAGACGGGCGUGCGGCUGGACUACAUUGCCAUGCAUAAGAAGGGAGCUGGGAGUUCUCUUCACAUCUUGGAGCAGGAGAUGGAAGCGAUGGGACAAAUUCAGACGUUCUUUCCCCGUUUCACCUCCCUGCCUGUAUACAAUGACGAGGCGGAUCCCUUGGUCGGAUGGUCGGUUCCACAGCCAUGGAGGGCAGAUGUCACCUACGCAGCUCUGGUGGUGAAGGUUAUUGCCCAGCAUCAAAACCUCCUGAUUGCACAACCCAACAACACCAUCAACUACACUUUGCUGAGCAACGACAACGCGUUUCUGAGCUACCAUCCGUAUCACUUCACCCAGAGGACGCUGACGGCACGUUUCCAGAUGAACAACACCAAACCACCUCAUGUCCAGAUGGUGAGGAAGCCGGUGCUCACAGCGAUGGGCUUGCUAGCACUGCUAGGAGAGGAGCAAGUGUCGGUUGACAUCUCCAGCGGUGAAUCUGAUGACCCGAACAGUAUAGGAGUCCUGGCCAGCCUGCACAAACCUGCCGCCCCACAGUGGUCUGACAGCUGGCAGGCAGCCAUAUUGCUCUAUUCCAGCAACGAUAACCAGACGUCCACCAACGUCAGUGCCAUGACAAUAAAUGUAACCAACUACCCCAUCUGCAAAGACCUUGUGUAUGUCACUUACUACAUGGAUAACAACCUGACCAAUCCAUAUCUGCAGUGGAAGAAACUGGGAGCUCCAGCUUUUCCUUCACCAAAGCAAUUCCAGAAAAUCCGAGAAGCUGAGGACCCUGUGGUGAAAGGACCAUUUCCCCUUCCCGAAGGAGGCAGUUUGGUACUGAAACAAGAGCUCCCUGUUCCAGCUCUCUUCCUCAUCCAUAUUUGUGCAAGACCUCAUGCUGGUCCUGACCAGGUGAGUGGUGUUCGCCUCAUCAGUCUCGCGAGGAGACAAGUUCUGGUCCUGUGGGAUGACGGCUGUGUGAAUUCAAAGUGUCUGAAAACAUUCGAAGUCGUCUUCUCACAGGAUGGGAAAGCUUACCACCCGAUCAGUGUAAAAGACAGUAUAUUUACAGUGCUGGUCUACAGCCCAGGAACAAGAGUGACGGGAUUUUACAAAGUGCGUGCCAUCGACUACUGGGACCGAAGAGGCCCAUUUUCUCUGCCAGUGUACUACCGUGAAGAGUCUUAAAAGGAAAACACGCAUGUCCUAUACAGAGUCUUAAGUCUGCUAACCGACAGCUCGUUCAAAAGGCAAGCGACAACUCUUGCUGCAGUUUCUCUCGUUCCUCUUGAACAUCCCCACCUCUUUGUUCUUAAGCCUCCUGUCUUGACAGAUGAAGAUUCUUGCUUCGGACGACUCCAGCCCCCCUUAUCAGGAGGGUUCCCAGUACCAGCCCUGUCAUUAAGUGUGGUGGGUGCCUCGUGUAUCAGCUUUUGGAUGCCAUUUGAGUGGCAAAGCAGUUACUUAUUAUCAGGAGUGGACUGGGAGGUGAAAAACUGGCCCCGGAACAAGCCUAGCU